AUGCAGCUUUCUUUUACUAUUAACCCAUCCUGUUUUGGAUUGUUUGUCCGACCCAAAUCGAAUGCCCAAGGCAAACAAUCCGAUAAACAAGAUUCAGAUGAAGAACCCAAAGUAAGUAUCGCAUUUCCUACUAAGUAACGCGAUGCUCAAUCUCGUCCGAAUAAUAACAAUUAGUUAAUGAUGAAAAACAGGUCAAUAACAAUAUGUUCUAACACAUCCACAUUGCCAGAGACUCUCUCCACCUCCUUUCACAACCAAGAACUCAACCAAUCUGCGUUAGAUUAAAAUAAGGAAGAUAUAUUUUACAAAACCAUGCCUACUUCCUUUCAGUAAUUCCAGGUCAAAAACAAGAGAAGAUAUGAACCCUAAGCUCAAAUCACCCAAUAUCAAAUUAAAUUGGACUAAGUACUUACUUCCCACAUAUCUAGAUUCCUGGAGAUUAGAGAACCACCUUAAUGAUAAGGAACAUUCCAAACAAAUAUACUCAGCCCAUGUUGCUGGAGAACUUUGAUAUCAAUCACAAAGACAAUUAUGACUUUUUUUAUCUCCCCAUAGAUUUUACUGUAAGUUUUCUAUGUAACAUAGAACAAAUGCAAUGUUGGGUAUGCCUUCAUCAAUUUCUUGGGUUCCAAAUUCAUCCCCAAAUUCUUUCUAGAGUUUCAUGGAAAAAAGUGGAAACUCUUCAACUCAGACAAAGUAAAAUGUCAAUUAAUUUAGAUAUGUGAAAUCACCUAUGCAAGAAUCUAGGGAGUGGAACAAUUGCAAGGGCACUUUCAAUAUUCAACCAUCAUGUAAGAGAAGGUAUUCCAUUUAAUAAUUCUGUAGGACAAGAGACUUAAGCCCAUUUUCAAAAAAUAUCAAUCAGAUCAACAAUUUAAGCGAAAAUGA